GUGAUUACCAUAAUGGUCAUAUAUGUAAACAUAUUCAUAAAAUUCAUUCUCUUUCCAGUGUUUCAGAUACUAUUGUAAGAGAUUUAGAUGAAAAUGAAGUGCAACUUUGUCAUCCUGAACCAACAGCUGCAUAACCUAAAGAAAAGACAUCCAAAAUACAACUGCAGCGAAUUGAUAACCUUCUCGAUGAACUUGGUCAUCAGGUUAAAAAUCCACAAGUCAUAACAUAUAGAUUAUCUACAAUAAUUAAGUCUUUAGAAAGUUUAUUUUCAGGUAAUAAAGCGUGCAUGACCAUUCAAGAUGAAAAUCCCAUGAAGCUAAAUCCCACCAAAAGAAUUGCAAUAAACGCAAAUAAUAUACCGCAACCAUGGUUUCACAAAACUGAAAAGAAAAGGGGACGGCCGAGGAAAACACCACUGAAGAGACCAGCAGAAGAGGAUAUGAAAAAACUUCUGAGGAAUGAAGGGGAGACUCCUACACAGACACAGGGGACAGCAGAAGGACCAUCUCAUGGCUCUGUUGCUCCCUACCCUCCACUCAGGUUGGUUCAUCCCCAAGGACAACCACUGCAAGUGUCUCGGAGUGAUGGACAAAAUGUGUUUUCUAUUGGCCAAGGUGGACUGGGUCAACCAUCUUGGAUGAGAAUACCACCAUCUAUGUUAAGCAAAAGGAUAACUGUUGUCAAAGAUGGAAAGCCUUUUCCACUAAUGAUACAUAAUUAA